AGUGUCGCCUACUUCAGAACAACAAAGUCUUUGAAAGAGAAGGGCUGCUUCAUAAUGGAUAUUGGCUCACCUAACCAACGGAAAGCAUAUGAUCAAACCUGAAGAUGAAAAGAAAAAAAUGAGUUGUGCUAUUUAACAUAUUUGUAGCAUUUUAUGGUUGACAGACUGUCACUCAUAUAGAUUGAUUAUUGAACAUUUUUAGGGGAGAAAGCCUUACAAUAUGAAUCAUGAUGAUCGAUUGAUGGACCAAUGAGGCAAUAGCUUUGAAAGUAACUCGAUGAAAAAUGUGAUUACAAGAACAAGGGAUGUGAGUAACGGUUACUGGUUUAUAAUAUACGUUUCUUGAAGUACCUGUAAAGUGCAUACCAUAAAAGUGUCUGUCUGAGAACAGUGUUAAUAUUUCUGGUAGGGCAUUACAAAAUAAAGUAAAAAGUAGCAAAUAUAAAAAAGUAACAAAAACCUGACAAAAGUGUGGUGGAGUGACUGGCAUGAAUUUAAGGCAAUAAGUGAUUAAACUUGAGAAAAUAAUGUGCAACAAUAUAUUUGACCAGUUGCAAAGGCAUGGUUUGCUAUUCUUUUCUUUUUGAGGAUUCAAAGAAAAUUGAUUGGGUUAUGCAAUUGUGUCCUUAUGUGAUUGACAAGUGACAACAAGGAAGUACGAGGGUCUACUGAUGCUGUGUGUUGUUGCAGUUGUUUUAUAGUUCUUCCAUGCCUAAGGCUACAUAAUGUGAGGACUUUGAAUUUACUGAUGCAAGGGGACUAAAGGACCAUCUGAAUUGUUCAACUGUAUUGUAUUGUUAGACAUUGUAGAAGAAAAUCACUUAUUUUAGUGUUUGUUUUUUUCAGAGUAUUCUGUGUUUAAUAUUUGCUUCAGAUUUUUGUCUGAAGUUAACAUUGCUGCAUAUAACUUAAAUAUUAUGCAUUGGUAUGAUUAAUUUGUAAAAUUACAUUGUUCAUAUGGCCAUAUAAGCAUUGAUUUUCUUAUAAUUUUUUGUGCAAAACAUCAAGCAUUUAUCUCAUUUGAAUAUCAAUCAAAGUUUUAACUUGCCUUAUAUUUUGAAGUUAAAUGGUUUGUUAUGUACUAAAAGCAAGUUUUGAUUCUUAUUUUUUGUGGAUUGUUAAAUGAUAAUUAUUUUAAUAUUUAAGUUGCCACUAUUACUUGACUGUUUGGGUUAUAAUUUUGAUUUGUUUAACCUUAUAAAUUUGGUGCUAUUUGAUAAAGAUUUGUUUUGUUGUUGAAAACAUAAUUUUAUUUUAGUUGUUAAUGGCAUUGCUUUACAGGGAUAUUUAACAGUAGUAAUUGUUUUUAUUAGACAAUCAACACUAUUUACUGUUUUGUCUUGAUAAAAAUAAUUCAUCAGUUUACGUAUGUAUUAUAGUUUUGUUUGUUCAUAUAGAUUUAUAUUCAGUGCAAUAAUUCUGUUGUGCAAUUUUUGUUUUAAAUUAUGAGGUCUUUUCAGUGCCUUUGUUGGGGCUUUAAAACGCUCAGUAAUGUUUUCAAAAUGUGUUUUAAGGCAUUACGCAGUCCCCAUUCAGCCUAUGUUUUGGUGCUCACUUUGUUCACAAUAUUUGGUGUUCCAUUUAUUGCCAAGGACUUACCUCUGUCUAAACUGUACAUGAAGUUCCAUACAGAAGAUGAGAUAUAUGAAGUUGCUAAAGACUUAAAUGCUCAACGUGUAAAGAAUGCCUUUAGCUACUUUGAGAAGCUUGAAAGUGGGAGUUCCCAGGCCUUCUAUGGCUACAAUAUCGGAUCUAACUCUCCUCCAGACAUUGUUGUUGCCAUACUGACUGUGAGUCGUCAAGGGAACCUUCAGAACACCCACUACCUGAUGCAGACAGCAGCAAUCGUUGACCGGAUCAUUAAGGAAGACACACUCUUCACAGCACCAAUAUUAUUCAUCUGUAAUGUGGACCCGUCACCAGGCCAACACAAGGACGCUGUAUUGCUGAAAAACUACAUGCCUUUUGUUGAGAAAAAUGGUUCAAAUAGUUUCAAUGAAACAUUCAAGCCAUAUAGUUAUCGAUCUAUGCACAAAGAUGUUAAGAGAGGCCAAGAAACAAUGGACUAUUUGUUUUGCCUGAAUGUCUCGCAGUCCAUGGGAUCCCCAUAUGUUCUCUUGCUAGAAGACGAUGUCAUCCCGUAUUCAAACUUGUUUAAGGUACUUCACUAUACAUUACAGCGUCACAAACUAAUACAUUCUAGUCAUUCUGAAAGUGCUACAAGCCAAGCACGGAUGUUUUCUUUCUUAAAACUUUACUACCCUGAGCGCUGGCAAGGUUUUGCAAAUGAGGCAGACAGAAUACUAGAGCUUCUUUGUUAUGGAUUAGUUGGUGGGUCAUUGUUGUUGUUUACAAUUUUUAUUUGUUGGCCCAAAAGUGAGCCGAGCUAUGCAGCAAAACUCUUCUAUUACACCAUUGGAUUUUCCAUAACGAUAUAUUCUGUAUUGAUAAUUGAUAGACACAACGUGAUGGAUUUACGUCGAAUAUCGCCACAACUAUUUCGGUUUAGACCAACCCCUGCCUGCUGUACUCCUGCCAUGCUGUAUACCUCGGAAAUUAUUCCAAUACUGAUUGAUCACCUUGUUGAACAGUCACAUCUAAACAAAGACCUGGCCAUUUAUGAUUUUAUUGACAAAAAUCAUAUUCCCGGAUAUUUUUUGGAACCGAAUUUAGUGAGGCAUAUUGGUAUGUUUUCAUCACUACAAGAUUCCCACAAACCGCCUUUUGAGUUUAUAUUUCAUUUAGAAUAGAGCAAUAUGCAAAUUUAACUUUUAUAUGUGAACAAAUCUGUGCCAAGUUGUUUCUAGUGUUACUGUAAUGUCCAGUAUACAUUAGAGUUUCAAUUUGAAUGAAGCUAAUUACAUUUAUGUUGAACAAAUUAGGCUAUUAUGAGCUUAAUUAAGUUGUUAUGCAAAUUAUAUAUUUUUCAAACUUGAGUCAGCAAUGUCCUUGUAAUAUUAUUUGUAUUGUAAUACAACAUUUUCACAUAUUUUAUUUAUUUUUGAAAUAUUUUUUUGUUCAAUUCUUCAAUAUGUAUGUCAUGAACUAUUACAUUUAGACAUUGUAGUAGGGAAUGCAAAGCUCUAUGUUCACACAAGCUACAGGGUGCUGCUUAUAAGGAGCAGAGUGGACAGCUAGACCAGUCUUGUUAUCUUGUCUAAUGAUUUGCUUAAUCCAAUAUAUUUCAUAGUAUUUAUAAUAACACUUUAUAGUUAGUUUAAGCAAUCCAUGUAGUCUUCAUUCCAUAACAUUCAAAAGAGUGGUCCCUUUUUAGCUCACUUGAGCACCAAAUGCUUAACCCUUAGAUACCAGUAUGUAUUUUGACCCACUUGUAGUCCAAAAGAAAGUUAAAUUCAAUUAAUGACCAUUCUUACUAGAUUCAAGUUUGUAUGGCCUCAUUUCCAACCAUCAGAUACUGAUGAGCACAAAACAGCAUAAAACCUGAACAGACUGCAAGUUACUUGCAGGCUCAUCUGGUUUUAUGCUGUUUGCACAUGGACAUUUUCACUUUGCCCUGAGACGGAAAGGGUAAAUAUGAGUAUUCCUUUGUCUGCACUUUUUUUUCAUCCAAUUGCUCAAAAUAUUUAUCUAGACAAUAUUUGAGCUAAUAUUUAUCUGAUCAAUAAUUUAUCUAAACAAUAUAUAGACUUGUUAUGAAUCGGGUAAAAUGUGCUCAGAAAAUAGGUUACAUUUUUAAUUUGUUAGAAAAAAAAUGUUACCACUCCAGAAGCUUGAUGUAUGACUUAAUCUGGAUGAAACUUGGUCAGCAUGUUUAUCUGAAUAAUGUAAACACCAACUUGGAAUCUGGGUCACAUUUGUCAAAACUCUUGAUGAAACUUUGUCAGCAUGCAUGUCUGGAUGAUAUCUAGGCCAAGUUUCAAAUUUAGGAAUGUGCAUCGAGAAACAAGAUCACUAGGUCAUAUCUUUAAUUUUACCACUCUAGAUGCCAAAUUUAUUACCGGCUCUUGAUGAAAGUUGAUCAAUAGCUUAUCUGGACUAUAUCUAGGCUGAGUUUAAAUCUGGGUCAUGUGCAUCACAAAACUAGGUCAUCAGGUCAAUCUUAGAAAAACCUUGUUACCACUCUAGAAGCAACAUUUAUGACUCAGUAUUGAUACCUUGGUCAAUGUUCAUUGUGACAAUUUGAAGGUCAUGUUUGAAUCUGGGUCAAGUGGGGUAAAAACCUAGGUCACCAAGUCAUGUGUUAACAAUUUUUCCAUGAGCUCAGGUGAGCGCUUGAUGACCAUAAUGGCCCUCUGGCUGUGUUCAGUGGGGCCGAAAGGGGUGGGGUUCAAGAAAAAGGAGCAGAGCAAACCUUAUUUGCUCGAAGUCAUUCCUGUAUUCUUUAGCUUUAUUGCAAAAAAAAUUUGCACCUGGGUUUCAACCCAUAAAUUAUUUCUGUAUUCUCCAGCGUUAUUGAAAAAAAACAAAACUUUUUGAUCCUUGGUUUUAGCUUUUGAGAUAAAAAUCUAACUGGUUGGUUUCUAUAUAUCACUCCCACUCUGGUUGUAUAACUUUGAAGACUAUUUUUACCACUCUGUAAGGUAUUUUCCAAAAUAUAUUUUUUUAGGGUAUGCAUUAUUUUAAAUUUUUAAAGAUUUAAGAGAAAAUUAAGGCAUUAUAUUCUUUCUAUUGUCAAGAGCACUUCUUACAAACAGUCUUUAUAAUUCUUUGUAAGUUUUGAAUCUAUUCAUGAUGCUUUGUUUUAUACAUUGGAUGAUGAAGUCUGUAGCCUUUUAGUUUUUAAGCUAUUAAUGGUACUAUUUCAAAUUGUUAACUCAAUCUUGUAAUGAAACUUGAAUAACAUACAUGUACAUUACUUUUGUUUCGUAAUUUAUACAUGUACAGAUAAUAGAUUUUUUUAUGUUCUGAUUGAAGAAUAGUUUUAGCUUUUUGUACUCAAGGACGUUUAAGAAAUAGUUUUGUAUUUAUGAUUGUUAAGGGCUGAGUAAACAACAAUUAAUAGUUGUGAUGAGUUCGUACACAAUUACAUCAAGUCAGGAGAAUUGAUAAAUAGUUGAAGCCCUUUGUACUCGGGGACAUCUAUGAAAUAGUGUUAUAUUUAUUCUUGUUUAAGGAUCAAUAAACAACACUGAAGAGUUGUAAUGAGUUUGUGCACAGUUACACCAAGCCAGGAUCAUUGAAGAAUAGUUUUAGCCUUUUGUACUCAGGGACAUCUUAGAAAUAGUGUUAUAUUUAUCAUUGUUUAAGGAUCAAUAAACAACAAUUAAAAGUU